UCAUGUCAUCCCGAGUAUCUUCACAGCUUACUAGUGAGUAGUGAGGAACCCCGCUUUGUCUCUAUCCGUAGUACGCGACAUUCCUUUUUAAUUAAUGGCGGCGGUACAGCCCAAGAUCCGGCCGCUUGGCGGCACUGAGCGCAACUGGUGCAGGGCGGUACCCGGUGGCACGGGCAUUACAGUCGUGGCAGUCCUCCUUUCCGAACCCAUACACAUUCCGCUUCUCCAAAAUGCCCUCCGCAAAUUGCAAAUUGACCACCCUAUCCUCAACUCCAAGUUCAUCCACAGAGCCGGCCCCAACUCGUACUCAUUCCUCACCCCGCCGGCUCCGGCCACUCCUCACCUCGAAAUCGAGCCGUUCGACCAAGCGUCGACGGCCGAGAUUCUCCGAGGCCUUGACUCCUCCGGUUCGCACUUCCACCUCAUCCUCGAGCACGAACUGAACCGCAACUCGUGGCUGAAUCCGAAAGCCGAUGCGGACACCUUCUUCGCCAGCACAUACGACUUGGACGAAGGCCGGCGCGUUCUGGCGCUCCGAUUCCACACGGCAGCGUGCGACCGUACCGCCGCCGCAACAUUGCUGAAGGAGUUGGUGCCUUUGCUCGGCGGGGAAGAGAGUGGGGCAAAAGGGGAAUUAGAAGCGGAAGGAGGGGUCGGUUUGGGAAUAGAGGAUUGUAUUCCGAAAGGGAAGGCUAAGAAGGCACUUUGGGCCAGGGGAUUGGAUAUGUUGGGCUACUCUUUGAAUUCUUUCCGGAUGUCCAAUGUGGCCUUUCAGGACACCCAUUCGCCCAGAUCUUCCCGGGUCGUGAGGCUGAAGUUGGGGAAAGAGGAAACGGGUCGGAUCCUCGAUGGGUGCAAAACGAGAGGCAUAAAGCUCUGCGGGGUUUUGUCUGCCGCUGGUUUGAUUGCGGCCCGUUCUUCAAAAGGGCUUUCGGAUUCUCAAUCCGAAAAGUAUGCAGUGGUUACGAUCAUGGACUGCCGUUCGAUGCUUGAUCCUGCUCUUAACGACCACCACACUGGGUUUUAUAACUCUGCAAUUCUCAACACAUAUAACAUCAAAGGAAAGGAAGAUAUAUGGGAAUUGUCAAAACAAACCUACACAUCCUUUCUGAAUGCCAAGAACAAUGACAAGCAUUUCACUGACUUAGCGGACAUGAAUUUCCUUAUGAGUAAGGCCUUGGAUAAUCCCGGCCUAACGCCCCAUUCAUCCAUGAGGACUUCCUUUAUCUCGGUGUUUGAUGAGCCCAUCUUUGAUCAACAACCCACCAACCUCCUCGAGGACUACAUUAGCUGUGCUUCAAUCCAUGGCAUCGGGCCUUCAAUUGCCAUAUUUGACACAAUUAGGGAUGGAGAGUUGGAUUGUGCUUGUGUUUAUCCAUCUCCAUUACACUCUAGGCAGCAAAUGCAGGGAUUGGUUGAUGAGAUGAAAAGAAUACUUGUUGAAGGGUAGGUAGGUAACAUUGUAUGCGGAGAAUCCUUCACUUGGCCCUUUCCUUACCAAAUGUACUACGGAGUAUUAUAUUUGCUCUUGUCCUAUAUCUGGCCCAAUAAAUCUGUUAUCAUAGCCCUCAUAAUUAAUGCAAAAUAUUUUUCCUUUGCUGUUUACCUUUGAUAUUUUUAUAGCCCAUAUUGCUCUUUGCUUUUGGCACAUUGAUCAGCUAAUAGUUAUAAAUCCAUA